AUGAGACUGUUUCUGCUCUUCUGCAUCUUGUUUUCCGCUAUCUCUCAGGCUUCAUGUGAAUCCCUACUGGAUCGACUGUAUGCUGCUGCCAAACCAUCCCGUCCCAAACAUGUUUAUAGCAUAUAUGACGGAGCUUUAGACCAACAACUCAUUCUUCCACAUCAUACGAUGUACGAAGUUGCGCGUUUCCGUGGAAAACCAAUUAUGGCUCGUCAGAUGAACACGAUCAUUGAUGAAAACGGCGUUCCAGUCCCUCUGUUGCCAUUUGAUGGAAGAAAGGCUUCGAUACCUAAUCACAUCCAUCUUUACUCCAAAAUAUAA